CCAUCUUGCGUACGGCGCUGCGGUUUGUUGCCGUGGUCCCGAGGUCUGGAGUUUCAGGCUCUCCGCCCGGACCGCUGCCGUAGGGCCGUUUUCCUGCGCCUUUUUGGUUUUGGUGUCGGUUUUUCUCUGUCUCGGGAGUGCCUGCUCUCUGAGAGGUUUCGUUGGGAGAGAAAGGUAAUGCAGAGCGGUAGAGUAAGAUGCCUUAUGGAGAAACUGAAGUUAAUGGGAAGGAAUUAAGUGAACCACGCAAUAAAAAAUUGAAGGCAACUGAAGAGCGUUCCAGUUUUCCUCGUCAGUGUAGGAUUCAUUUUCACAGACUCCAAGAGAAAACUGGAACUGAUGUGGCGAGUAAUUCUCAAGUGGACAAAACCAAAACUACAGAUUUACUGAGGCCAGAUGUUACUGUGGAUGCAAGGCCUCCAUUAAAAUCUGAUGAUGGAAUAUAUAGUACAAGUAAAGCAUUUAUAGGACCCCUUUACAAGCCUGAGAAAAAGAAAAGUGAAAAAAGGACCAAUAGCAAAGGAAGAAAAGAACAAAAACAGAAAUUUAACUUAAAAAAAUCAGAGAUUGACAGUGAAUUAUCCCAAUUUUAUAAAGAGAUUGAAGAGCUUGAGAAUGAAAAAGUUGAUUCUGAAGAUGGUUGUAAGGAACCUGGCCCCUCUGAAGAUCAACAUCAUAAAAAUGAUCUCUUCAAUUCUGAAGAAAAAGAAGAAAGAGGUAUCAGUAAUGCUCUUCAAGCCCAUUGUGCUGAUCAACAGUAUGUGGAGAAUGAGCCUGACAAACAUCCUUGUAAUGGACAGGUAAUCCCUUCAGUUUGUGAUGUUUCAUUUACUUCCUUCAGGCCUGAAUGGCCACCAGUUCCUUCUUUUGUAGUACCCCAUGGUCCUCCUCUUCCCAGUUUUAACUAUUUAAAUAUUCAGAGACUCAAUGCUCCACCAAAUCUGCCAUCAGAGAUUUUCUGUGCCCAUGAUAGCUCUCACAUACAAAAUGGGUUUUAUGAAAAUAGCUGUCAUGUUAAUUGGAACAGUUUGACUUUUGACCAGAACAAAGAAUAUGCAGACUACGGUGUAGAAGAUGGAUAUGUUGGUUUCUGUGAAACCAGCGCAGUGCAUUGGAAAGAUCCUUCUAUGGAUGAGUAUAAUAGAACAGACAGGUUCCUAAACCAGCAGUUUCAAGAGGAAAAGUUGAAUAAAUUGCAAAAGUUACUCAUUCUUUUAAGGGGCUUGCCUGGUUCUGGGAAAACAACUUUAUCUCGAAUUCUGCUUGGUCAGAGUCGUGAUGGCAUUGUGUUCAGCACUGAUGACUAUUUUCACCAUCAAGAUGGGUACAGGUAUAAUGUUAAUCAACUUGGUGAUGCCCAUGACUGGAACCAGAACAGAGCAAAACAAGCCAUCAAUCAGGGGAGAUCUCCAGUUAUAAUAGACAACACUAAUACACAAGCUUGGGAAAUGAAACCAUAUGUGGAAAUGGCCAUAGGAAAAGGGUACAGAGUUGAGUUUCAUGAACCAGAAACUUGGUGGAAAUUUGAUCCUGAGGAGUUAGAAAAGAGGAAUAAACAUGGUGUGUCUCGACAGAAGAUUGCUCAGAUGUUGGAUCGUUAUGAAUAUGAAAUGUCAAUCUCCAUUGUAAUGAAUUCAGUGGAACCAUCACACAAAAGCACACAGAUAUCUCCUUCAGAGGAGAGACAGAGGUGGGAAGGCUCUCUAGACUCACAAAAUCAAGUGUGUGUUACAAAUAAUCAGUAACUUGAGUAUUUUUAGGUAACGCAUUGGUUGCGUGCCCUGGAAAACAAGUAAUGAGCCUGUCUUAAAGUUUAAAUAGUCGCAAAUAAAAAAAAAACUAAGGACUAAGGGUGCCUCAUAAAGGAUAGUCCCAGUAAGUUGUUUAAAUUCUAAACUGUAAAUAAAAAUUAUAUAAAAAUGUAUUUUAAAUGUUUUUAAUAAUAUUUUGUUGUAAUACCUUUGGUUAUUAUGAAAACAUCUGGGUAGAAUGAGUAGAAACUAGAUUGUUUUUCUACAAUUGAAUUUUAAGCUAAUUUUAUGAAUUUUGUAGAUGAUGUUGAAAAGUUUUAUAGUUCAUACCUAAAUCUCACUUUUCAUAAAAUUUCAGUAUUUUUCUUGGACUUCCUCAAAUAUACAAAACAUUAAUUUAUUGUAGGUACCUGAGUUGAUUCUCCUGUUCAUUAUUUAAGUAAAAUUAUGCUUAUGUAAAUUCAUCUCUGAUGAAAAUAUCUCUAAGCUAUAAUUAACAUCAUUUAGUGAAACCAAAUUUACCAUCAAAUAUCAUAAUAAUUCUAGCAAUCACGUUGACUCUUUUCUGUAAUCUAUGUAUUUUUUCAUUAUAAUCUGUACAGAUUUUUCACUUGAUCAAGCCAUCUUCCCAUACUCCCCAAUUUUGGAAUGGAUAGAGAAAUAGCUAUAUUAUUAGAAAAAUCACUUAGGCUAUUCUGAUAGCGUUUAACUUUUUUCUUUUUUAAUACAGCUUAAAUAUAAAAAUAUUUUGGACAGAUGUUUAGCAACUGUCUUAUAGGAUAUUUUAUUUCUGUUUCUGAUUUUACUCUGUAGAGCUAACUGUAUCACUCCUUCACUGUAGCUUUGUUAGAUUAUUCUUCUGAACUUGAUUUUAAAAUUAAGAUGAAAUUAAUUUCAGACAUCCUUAUUUUUGCUUUUUUUUUGUUUUGGGGCCACACCAGGAGGUGCUCAGACUUACUCCUGGCUCUGUGCUUAGGGAUUGCUCCUGGUGGUACUGGGGGACCAUAGGUGGUAUUGGGGAUUGAUCCCCAGUUGGCUGCUUGUAAGGCAGAUGCCCCACCUACUUUAAUAUCUCUCCAGAUACUCAAUCUUUGCUUUGAUUGUUCUUUUUUAGGGGAAGAAGAAAAACCAAUUUCUUGCUAUACAAAUGUCAUCAACUUAUAUGUUGCUUAAUAUUACUUCAUAACCAUUAAGCUAUUCUAAAGUAGCCCAUUCCAAAUCCCAAAUCUUUUUGUGUAAAAUCUGCUGUUGUUUUUAACUUCAUUUUAAAUGUUCACCCACAUCUUUAUAUUACUUUUUAAUUAAUGAGUUGUUAAGUAAUCUAAGUUGCAAGGCUCAAAACUAAAUACAGUACCCUCAACAAGACCUUGAUUACUUUGUAUUUAGUGAGAUAAUAAACUUGACUUGUACUAUUCAA